AUGAAGCGUGGCUCCGAGGACCAGAAGGGCAAGCAGGCGAAGCUGUCGCGAUUCUUCCAGUCGAAGCCGGCACCUUCGGAUGCUUCAACCCUCAAGGUCCCCGAGCUGGAGCCCGCGAUGCCUCAGGCUCCCUCCUCCCAUUCAGGGGCUCCCUGGACUUUAGUCGAGCGCCCUGGGCAAGCUCAGAGCGCCGUGGACGCCGUGGCGCUGAAGAACGGCGUGAAGAUGCCAGUUCUCGGCUUCGGAACAUAUCGGCUCGGGCGCCAGGUUGCGAUUUCCGCCGUUCUGAACGCCCUGCGGGCCGGCUAUCGCCUCAUCGAUACAGCUCAGGUGUAUGAUCAAGGCCACACAGAGCGAGCUGUGGGAGAGGCUUUGCGACAGAGUGGGCUGAAACGCUCCGAGGUCUUCCUGACUACAAAAGUGUGGAGGUCCAACCAUGGCUACGAGAGCACUCUGAGGGCUUGCAGCCAGUCCCUCAAGCGCCUCCAAGUCAGCUACGUGGACUUGUACCUGGUGCAUUGGCCCGGGCCGCAGCCCAGUAACUCCGCGUCCUGGACUCCGCAGCGGCGGCUUGAAACCUGGAGAGCCAUGGAGAAGCUCUUGCAGGAGGGCAAGGCCAAGGCCAUUGGGGUCUGCAAUUAUUCGAUGCGACACUUGAAGGAGCUCUUUGAAACUUGCGAGGUUCGUCCUAUGGUGAACCAAGUCGAGUUUCAUCCGCUUCUGGUACAGGCCGAGCUACUGGAGUUCUGCGAACGAGAGGGUCUUGCCUUCCAGGCCUUUUCUUCUCUUGGCUCCGGUGACUCCCGACGUGCUCUGGACUUCUUUGCCCUUUCGGGGGUGCAGGCCGCGGCGCGGGCGCAUGGUGCCACACCUGCAGCGGUGCUACUGCGCUGGGCCACGCAAAAGGGCUGCCACAUCAUUCCCAAGUCUUCGGACCCUGGCCGCAUGAAGCAAAACGCCGCAAUCUUCGGCUUCCAUCUCACAGAUGAAGAGCUGGAGGCCAUUGAUGCUGCCAAUGUCAAAGCUCGCCUGACGUGGGGAGGCACAGAUCCGGACUGUAUCGGAUGA